GCAUAUCCUCUAUUUAAUAGAUCUUCUAGCUGUGCUUUCCACCCUAGCUACUAGUAGCUAGUUUUAAUAGUUUUUCUGGAUCCGGGCCGACAGCAAUGAACCUAUUGGAGUCUGUGUUUAUACUGACUACACUCUCCAUUUUUGUAUUAUCUACUACAAGCAAGGAUUAUGAUAAUACAUUUAAAGGUGAUAAGGGCGACAAAGGAGAUAAAGGUGAUAUUGGACCAGUAGGACCAGCAGGUCCUAAAAGUGGAGGAGCAGUGUACACUCGUUGGGGAAGGAAGUCCUGUCCUGCUGGAGCUGAACUGGUAUAUGAGGGACUAGCUGCAGGUGGUUAUUACAAUUAUAUGGGAGGAGGAGCCGACCAUGUCUGUUUGCCUGCAAAAGACCCUCAAAAUAUGAAAAAACCAAAGCCUCCUGAUAAUUCUUGGAUAUAUGGUUCUGAAUAUCAAGAUGUCAAUAGUAUAUUUCCAGAUAAGCAUGAUCACAAUGUUCCUUGUGCAGUAUGUUAUGCACCAACCAGGAGCACUAAACUGAUGAUUCCUUCCAGAACCAGCUGUCCUUCAUCAUGGACUAUGGAAUAUAAAGGAUACCUGAUGACGAGUCACCAUACUCACAAGAAAAAUAGCUUACACGAGUGCGUUGAUGAUAAUCCUGAAUCCAUUGAUGAGAGUGGUGCUAAUACUGAUGGUGCCCUUUUCUACUUUAUCCUCUCAACAUGUAUUAGUAUUCCUUGUCCACCUUAUGAUGCCAAUGAAGUUGUUACUUGUGUUGUGUGCACUAGGUAAUUUUUUGCUUUUGUUUAGCAAUUUUUGAAUCUUAUUUCA